AUGGCGCUCCUCCAGUACAGAGCGAUCGCCGACUACGACAAACAAUUAGACGCAUUCCAGUCCUUCCUGGAGAAAUUUGAAACCUCCAGGACCUCCUCCGACGCAGCUGCUGAAGCGAUCGAUGGACUCCACCUUGAUGGCGACCACACUAGUGAUGAGUACGACUUCAUGGAUGACAUCGCAGACGAAGAUCGCGCAGUGUCGCGACGCCGAGGGAAGCGGAAGUAUAUGGAUAUGUUGCAAGAGGUGGCGGAUCGGGAGCGCCAGAAUGUUUUGAUAGAGCUGGAUGAUCUGAACGAGUUUGAAGAGUCGUUAGGAGACGAGGUACAUCUGAGACUGGUCGAGUCCGUCACCAACAAUACCAAGCACUACGUCGACCUAUUUUCCGAGGCGGUAGACAAGAUCAUGCCGAAACCGAGCAGAGAGAUCUCAUUCAAAGACGACGUGCUCGAUAUCAUUAUGGCUCAGCGACUGAAGCGCAAUGAAACGGUGGCAUCUGCUGCUGAAACAGACGCUGAAGCUGCGGCGCCUGUCUCGACGUUCCCAGCGGAACUCACCAGGAGAUACACCUUGAACUUCAAGCCUCUCACGCCUUCCGGUACCGAUACUGGCAAGAAAACGCUGGCGGUGCGACAAGUGCGAGGAGAGCACCUCGGACAUCUCAUCACUGUGCGAGGCAUCACGACAAGAGUAUCAGACGUCAAGCCCAGUAUCCGAAUUCAAGCUUACACUUGCGAUCGUUGUGGCAGCGAAAUCUUCCAGCCGGUCUCGGCCAAGCAAUUCACGCCGCUACAGAUGUGUCCGGCAGAAGAAUGCAAACAGAACGACUCCAAGGGUCAAUUAUUUGCCUCGACCCGCGCGUCCAAGUUCCUACCCUUUCAAGAGGUCAAGAUCCAGGAGAUGGCAGAUCAGGUCCCGGUUGGGCACAUUCCAAGAACAUUGACAGUGCACUGCAAUGGUAGCCUUGCACGGCAGAUGAACCCGGGCGAUGUUGUCGAUAUUGACGGCAUUUUUCUACCCACGCCCUAUACGGGGUUUCGAGCCAUCCGAGCCGGACUUUUGACAGAUACCUAUCUCGAAGCACAAAAUAUUACACAGCACAAGAAAGCAUACCAAGACCUGAAGACUGACCCUCGCAUUAUUCGAAAGAUCGAGUCUUUCAAAGCAUCGGGGCACAUGUACGAAUACCUGGCUCGAUCAAUCGCACCCGAGAUCUACGGUCACCUCGAUGUCAAAAAGGCCGUACUUCUGCUACUCAUUGGUGGCGUGACAAAGGAGAUGGGCGACGGGAUGCGCAUCCGUGGAGAUAUCAAUGUCUGCCUCAUGGGAGACCCCGGCGUGGCCAAAUCUCAACUUCUCAAGUACAUCACCAAAGUUGCGCCCCGUGGUGUCUACACGACGGGUCGAGGAUCCAGCGGAGUCGGUCUAACAGCAGCAGUGAUGCGCGACCCCGUCACAGAUGAAAUGGUGCUCGAAGGCGGUGCCCUGGUCCUCGCCGACAAUGGAAUCUGCUGCAUCGACGAAUUCGAUAAGAUGGACGACGGCGACAGGACCGCCAUCCACGAAGUCAUGGAACAACAGACCAUCUCGAUCAGCAAGGCCGGUAUCACCACCACUCUGAACGCGCGCACGUCCAUCCUCGCAGCGGCGAAUCCGCUCUACGGGCGCUACAACCCGCGCAUUUCUCCCGUUGACAACAUCAACCUCCCCGCCGCGCUGCUCUCCCGGUUCGACAUCCUCUUCCUCAUCCUCGACACCCCCUCGCGCGAAGCAGACGAAGAACUGGCCCAGCACGUGUGCCACGUUCACAUGCACAACCGCCACCCGGAGCGCGAAGGCGAAGGUGUCGUCUUCUCCCCACACGAAGUCAGGCAAUACAUCGCGCAAGCGCGCACGUUCCGGCCAAACGUCCCGAAGGCUGUAAGCGAGUACAUGGUGGGCGCGUACGUGCGGAUGCGACAGCAGCAGAAGCGCGAGGAAGGGGGCAAGAAGCAGUUCACGCACAUCUCGCCGAGGACGCUGCUGGGCGUGUUACGUCUCUCGCAGGCUCUGGCUCGAUUGCGAUUCAGCACCGAGGUCGUCAACGAAGAUGUCGACGAAGCGUUGCGGCUGAUCGAAGUGUCCAAGGCGAGUCUGUACGCUGAUCAGCGCAGCCACGGCGAUCAGACGGUCUCGUCGAGGAUAUACGAUCUUAUACGCGGCAUGAGAGAGUCGGGCGCGGCGAGUGUGGGUAGUGGCGCCAGAGGAGAGCUCAGUCUGCCUAGAGUGACCGAGCUAGUCACGGCACGAGGCUUCACGAGUGAGCAGUUUCACAGGACCAUCGAGGAGUAUGAGUUGUUAGAUGUCUGGCAAGUCGCCAACAAUGGGACUCGGCUGGUCUGGAUCGAGGCCGGCGACGAUGACGCAGACAACGAUGAGCUCAUGGGCGAAGACGAAGGUGAAGACGAGGACGAGUAA